AUGGCAGCAGGUGGUUUACAUUUCGGUAACCCUAUGGUGAAACAAAACACCUUGAUAAUCAACAAUUUACCUGAUUAUAUGGGAGAUGAUGAGCUGGAGUCAAUGUUUAAAACUUACGGUACUGUUAAAACAGCAUCUGUGAGAAGGGAUCCGAAAACAAAUAAAAGCUUGGCUUUUGGUUUUGUAGAGUAUUCAAAAAGGGAUGAGGGGAAGAAAGCCAUUGAAAAUGUUGAUGGUCUGCAAUUGGGAAAGAAAAAACUACGAGUCGCGUUUUCGGAGCCUAUUGACGAGGCUAUUAAACAUGCAACUAAAGUAACUGUAAAAAAACUUCCUGCAAAAUUUUCAGAAGAGGACUUUAAGGGAAUGUUUGCUAAGUUUGGAAAAAUUGUUAAAGUGCGUCUAUUAGUUGACAGUGUGACAGGAAAGUCCCGUCGACUAGGUUUCCUCUUCUAUGAAAAUUGGGCUGAUGCACAGAAAGCUGUUAAUGAAAUGAAUGGUUUCAAACCAGAACAAAGUAAAGACCCAUUGAAAGUUAAUUUUGAUCAGGAGAGUGUGAAGCCAAAGACCUGGCCUCAGUGGCAAAAGGCGUCAGAUCAGCAGCAGGUUGGCUACCAGCAUAGAGCACCCCAUGCAUUGACAGGAAGUAGACCGCAUUCACAACAGGGUCCGAGUAAAUCUAUCCCAUCGGUCAUAACACAAGGGCCGAAUCCUUCUUGUGUGUUUUUGUACAAUAUUGGUGAAUAUAUUAGUGAACAGGAGAUUUAUAAUAUGUUUGCACAAUUUGGUGGACUAAAGAAAAUAGACAUUGUGCGUGAUAUGAACACACAGUUAUGUAAAGGUUACGCGUUUCUCAAUUUUGACACAUACCAAGCGGCCGAAAAUGCUAUUUUCACAAUGGACGGAAUGUUUUAUAGGGGAAGACAGUUACAAGUUCGAUUUAAAUAUAAUUGA